CUGUCAGCCUACCGAGGAGGCCCGGCCGUGUAUCAAACCGUGAGCGACGCCACCCUGAAAGCGUUGUCGCAAAUUGACUCCCCCAGCAUCUGCAACGCCAUCGAAGGGUUUGAUUACCGGCCCAAAAAUGCUGGCUUCAUGCUCCCGGAAAUCAAGGCCGUGUUCCAGGAAUUCACGCCCGUGGUGGGUUACGCCGUAACCGGAGUAAUUUCCGCCAACCGACCCGAGGGCCACAGCGUACGCCGAGAAGAUUGGUGGGACCUGAUUGUGUCCGUGCCAGAGCCGCGCUUCAUCGUGCUGCACGACAUCGACAACCCGCCCCUGGGAGCCUACUGGGGCGAGGUGCAGUCCAAUAUUCACAAGGCGCUGGGCGCGCUGGCGGUGGCCACCGAUGGCACCGUACGCGACCUGGACGAGGUUCGCGAACUGGGCUUCCAGUUUUUCUCCAAGGAAGUGUCAGUCUCCCACGCCUACGUCCACAUGGUGGACAUGGGAAUACCGGUGGAAGUCGGCGGCUUGACCGUCCACACCGGCGACCUGCUGCACGGGGACAAGCACGGAGUCACUAACAUCCCCUUCGACCUUGCCGACCGUAUACCUGAUAUGGUGCGCACUAUCGCCGACUACGAACAGCAGACCAUCGGGCUGUGCCAAUCAGAGCAAUUCAGCCUGGAUGCGCUGAAAGAAGUCGCCAAAAUUACCCGACCUUACUAA